GAAGCUCGCGCACUUGCUCUUUGGAUCUAAAGCUUAUAAAUCGACAUCAUAACUUAUCAUAAACGUCCACCCAGUCUACGAGCCAGUCCAUGCACGUACUAUAUACCUUACAUGUGGUCUUGUCGCACACUGCGGUACAACAGACGUCCAAGUACCUUCGAGUUGCGCCGGCCGCGAUCUGGAUACUCGAUUAUUUUUUGACUUUUGAACAUGAAGUCCGCCUGUUCAGCAACAUAAGCUGCUGGAACAUUGUCCCUGUCAUGUUCAUCUUAGCUAGAUAUGUUCCCGUAUUAUGGAUCAUCACCGAAAUAUAUCUGGUCUGCCAGUCACUCUUAGCCCACAUUCAGCAGAAACGGUAUGAACUUUCUGUGAACUUCAUUCAACGUAAUGAUGUUAAUGCCAAGCAACACAGUGCUUGACACUAUAUCGAACUAGUGGGGGUAGGUCUCGUGGUCGCUGGUUCAACGUCAGCUAAUACAUCCUAGCAUUACUCUUUUUUAUUAUGUCCGCCACAGAAGGUCUGCUUCUCGUGCGUAU